UUAUACUGCGAGCCUCCUGGAGGCACAUGGAGGCAGGCGGCCGUACGUUGUGUGCAUCCACAACCUGUAGACAUGUGAGCCUCAUUCGGUGGAUUGUCUCGCCGCAUUUCAAAAUCUGCCUUACCUUGGUUUCUUGCACCAGUUUUGAGGCUUCACCGGGUGCGCAGCGAGGGUCGGAUCGGCUCAUUCACAGAAAAAACGGACCGUGAAAUCCGUCAACGGACCUGAGUGACAUGGAAGCACCGCCGGGCAGGAGCUGCUGGCUGGAGAUGCAGUGAGGGAGAGGAGAGACGGGAUGGCAGCCUCCAGUAACUCCAGUCUCUCCGGUUCAUCAGUGUCAUCAGACCCUGAGGAUUACCAACCACCAAUAUGGAAGUCCUACUUGUACCAAUUACAGCAGGAGGCCCCAAGACCGAAAAGGAUCGUAUGUCCCAAGGAGAUGGAGACCAGGCCCAAAUAUUACGGCAGAGAAUUUCAUGGCAUGAUAUCUCGAGAGUAUGCAGAGGACCUUUUGAGAGGAGCCGAUGGUUCCUACUUGAUUAGGGAAAGCCAAAGACAGCCCGGGACUCACACAUUAGCCUUAAGAUUUGGGCCGCAGACCUUCAACUACAGGCUGUUCUACGAUGGGAAGCACUUUGUCGCAGAGAAGAGGUUCGAGUCUGUGCACGACCUGGUCACAGAUGCCCUCAUCACUCUCUACAUCGAGACCAAGGCGGCGGAGUACAUCGCCAAGAUGACUGCAAACCCCAUCUAUGAGCACCUUGGUUAUACCUCACUACUAAAGGACAAGAUGGUGCACAGGAUGAGCCGCGGGCGCACAGAUUUCCGCAAAGUCACCCUUGUGAGAGAUGAACGGAUCUCAUCCCCUGUGGUUAGGCAGAGCGCCUUGAAAGACACCGCAGAGAAGCAGUGCUCCUAUGAGAAGAUACACAACUUUAAGGUACACACCUUUCGGGGGCCACACUGGUGUGAGUACUGCGCCAACUUCAUGUGGGGCCUGAUUGCCCAGGGGGUCCGCUGUUCAGAUUGCGGGCUUAAUGUACACAAACAGUGCUCCAAACUGGUUCCUAGCGACUGCCAACCGGACCUGCGGCGGAUAAAGAAAGUGUUCAGCUGUGACCUCACCACGUUGGUAAAGGCGCACAACACCCCAAGGCCUAUGGUGGUGGAUCUCUGCAUCCGAGAGAUUGAGCUCCGAGGUAUGAAAUCUGAAGGUUUGUACAGAGUAUCGGGCUUCUCGGAGCACAUCGAGGACGUGAGACUCGCCUUUGACCGAGAAGGUGAAAAAGCUGACAUCAGUGCCAGUGCCUAUGCAGACAUCAACAUCAUUGCUGGUGCUCUGAAGCUCUACUUGAGAGACCUCCCCAUCCCUGUCAUUACGUUCGACUUGUACCCCAAAUUCAUUCAGGCAGCAAAAAUUCCAAAUGCUGAAUGCAGACUGGAGGCAGUCCACGAGGGAUUGCUACAGCUUCCUCCAGCCCACUAUGAGACCUUACGCUAUUUGAUGGCUCACCUCAAGAGGGUAACGACAUUUGAGAAGGAGAACUUAAUGAAUUCGGAGAACUUGAGCAUCGUCUUCGGUCCGACGCUGAUGCAGCCACCCGAGCAGAGCGCCCUGACCACGCUGAACGACAUGAGGCAGCAGAAGCUCGUGGUGCAGCUCAUGAUAGAGCACGAAGAUGUCUUAUUUUAGCAAUCGCACGCCACAGAUGCUUAUUUAUUCUGUCUACUAGGAAAUCCAAUCUUCCUUGUCGAGCGUCAUUGAUUAUCAUCAUGCUCUUGAGGAGCUUCCUUUCAUGCAUGACUGUUUUGGUGUUGACAUUGUCUGGUUUCUGUCUGUUAUCGAGUGUGACGCUGCCAACACGGUCAUGUUUGAUUUAGCACAGGAUCCAAAAUGUUUACAACCCGCAGCGCUGUUCCCUGUUCUCUUUUAUUUGAAGAGUCGCUACUCUCGUGUACGCCGUGUGCAGUCUGUGAAUGUGUGAAUUUUAAGUGAACUUUCCCACGUGUGCAAUUCGCGGAUCAUCUGUGGGAAUGUCAGCUAACUUUUAUAGGAAUGAAACAUCCUGUGAUUGUAGGCUAAGAGAGUUUCUUGUAAUGAUCAAUAUUUGAUACCUACAAAGGAUGAGAUAUGAGACAUUUGGUCAAUUCAUGAAGCACUUUUUUGCAACGUGUGUACAGAUUUGUUUUGUAAAGAUGUUUAUUUUUGUCUUUUUACUCUGAAUCAUGUUGUUUUGUCACAGUAAUAUAUAUACAGUUGGGAAUGAUGCAUGUUCAAAUGGUGUCAGGAUAGAAGAGUUGAGAAAAAUAAAAAGUUACAUUUACAGUACACUUGUGUUCUUUUCGAUCAAUGUAUUUUAAGUGUUCUUAAAAUGUUUAGAUCAUUAACUUUUUGGCUACCAUUUAAGGCGAUGGAAAUCCAAUCCAUUUCAACUCAAUCCAUUCAUUCAUCUUCUGUGUCACCCCAGAAGUUUGCACUGGUGCUUGAGCCUACCCCAGCUAACUAUGGGCAGUAGGUGGGAUACACCCUGUGUUGGUUGUAUGUUUUUUGGGUUGUGGGUGGAAACCAGAGUACCCGGAGAAAACCCACGCAGG